GGCUUUCACUCUGUACAAAGAUUUUAGAAUUUUAAAGAUAUUAUUUGAAUUUAAAGAGGAAACCCUUCUCUUCCUUGGGGCUUCUGUAUUGUCGGAGGAAAAGACCAGGGUUUAACUGUGAAGAUUGGGAAUGUGAAGAGAAAUACCCCUGCGUCUAGAGCAGGGCUUCAUAAAAUGGAUUAUCUAAUCUCGAUAAAUGGAAAAGCUGUGUUUAACCUGACACAUGGAGAAUGUGUGAGAGAUAUUAAAUCUUCAGCUCAACACCUGGUUCUGGAGUGUGAAAGAGGAGAUCAUAUAGUUCCUAGUUUUGAGGAAAUGUUUCCUGGAUUAAGAUCCGGAGAUAAUGAUCCUGAAACCACGAGUAGGAAGAAGCAUAUCGGAGACGACUACUACAAUGAUGCUAUGCAGAACCAUGGACUAGGACAUCUUCCACAACCAAACAAUUUUACAACAGUUGGAAAUAAUCUUGGUAUAGAGAUUAAUCAGUACAAUUGUCCUAUAGAGGCGUACAGCGAGCAGUCAAUAGAGGAGAUGAAAGGAAUGAAAGAAAAGGGAGGUUUAGAGAUUGCAGGUCGUUUACCUGUAGUAGCCCAGGAUAGGUUCAAGUUUGAUCCAAACCGUAGCAAUGCCAUCAAGGUUAUAAAUCAGAUGGAAGGAGGGGAUGGUCGAUCUGCUUAAUCUCAUAACUAUCAGUUCUUUUUACUACAUCCAUAUUCGUGGUACCAUUAUAGGAAACUAACCUUUUCCUAACUUUAGACCUCUCCGUUUCCAUAGGAUUCUAUUCCAUGUACUGCAGUCAGGUCUACGGUUUCAUAGGAUCCUAUUCCAUGCACUGCAGUCAGGUCUACGGUUUCAUAGGAUCCUAUUCCAUGCACUGCAGUCAGGUCCACGGUUCCAUAGGAUCCUAUUCCAUGCACUGCAGUUAGGUCUACGGUUCCAUAGGAUCCUAUUCCAUGUACUGCAGUCAGGGAUGGGCAAAUAGCUAGAUUCGUUUUACAGAAACUUUUAAGAUUUUUAGACUUUUAAAAGGUUUUACGGCAAUCUGAGAAGGUUCCAACAUUUUAAAAUUGUAUUGUAUAGAAGUCUGCUUUUUUCAAACAUGUAAUUUUCAAGGCAAAAACAAACUAAAAACGAUAGUUUUUGCCCUAUAUUUUCUUUGAUAAAAGCAAACUUCUACAGAAUAUAAUUUUAAAAUUUUGGAAUCUAGCUAUUGCCCAUCCCCAACUGCAGUUAGGUCUAAAAUUCCAUAGGAUCCUGUUCAUGUACUACAGUCAGGUCUACGGUUCCAUAGGAUCAUAUUCCAUGUAAUGCAGUCAGGUCUACGGUUCCAUAGGAUCCUAUUCCAUGUAAUGUAAUGCAGUCAGGUCUACGGUUCCAUAGGAUCCUAUUCAUGUACUGCAGUUAGGUCUAAGGUUCCACAGGAUCCUAUUCAUGUACUGCAGUCAGGUCUACGGUUCCAUAGGAUCCUAUUCAUGUACUGCAGUUAGGUCUAAGGUUCCAUAAGAUACUAUUCCAUGUACUUCAGUUAGGUCUACGGUUCCAUAGGAUCCUAUUCAUGUACUGCAGUUAGGUCUAAGGUUCCAUAGGAUCCUAUUCCAUGUAAUGCAGUAAGGUUCCAUAGGAUCCUUUUCAUGUACUUCAGUUAAGUCUAAGGUUCCACAGAAUCCUAUUCCAUGUAAUGUAGUUAGGUUUAAUAUUCCAUAGGAUCCAAUUCCAUGUACUGCAGUUAGGUCCAGGGUUCUAUAGAAUCCUAUUUCAUGUACUGAUUUAGUUAGGUCUACGGUUCCAUUGGAUCUUAUUCCAUGUACUACAGUUAGGUCUAAGGUUCCAUAGGAUCCUAGUCCAUGCACUGCAAUUAGGUCUAAGGCCAGUUCUAUUGGAUCCACUUACAUGUACUGAAGCUAGGUUCUAUAGGAUCCUAUUAAUUUAAUGCAGUUAGAUCUAAGGUUCCAUAGAAUCCUAUUCCAUAGGAUCCAUAGAAUCCUAUUCCAUAGGAUACUAUUAAAUGUACUGCAGUCAGGUCCAAGGUUCUAUAGGUUCUUAUUCCAUGUACUAUAGUUGGGUUCUAUCUUCAAGUUUUAUUGGAUACUAUUCUAUGAACUGCGGUUGGUUCUAUUGGAUACAAUUCCAUGUACUGUAGUUGGGGUCUAUCUUCUAGUUUUAUUGGAUACUGUUCUAUGAAGUGCUGUUGGGUUUUAUUGGAUACUAUUCCAUGUACUGUAGUUGGAGUUUAUCUUCUAGUUUUAUUGGAUACCAUUCUAUGAACUGCAGUUGGGUUCUAUCGGAUACUAUUCCAUGUACUGUAGUUGGAUAUAUGGUUCUCCUAAAGAAUAUGUGUACCUGUAUUUACUAACAUUCCAUUUAUUUUAACAAAAUCCUUUUACUUCUAUUACCCUGGAAAUAAAUAAAGCGCAUAGAGAUUAUCCCACAUAGAGUUCAUGAUAUAUCAUAAAUAAAUGUUUUUCUUGUGGAUGAAAAAAAAAUACAAGUUUUCCAAUAAAGAUUUAAUAAAUUCA